AUGGAGCUGUACCCAUGCACUAAAAGCCGAUUUAUUAUGAGUAGUCACUCGGUGAUACCCAGCUCAUUGUUAUUCAGUGCGGGUCUUUUAGGCAAUCUCAUUGCCCUUUUCAUUCUCUGGCAACACAAGCUCCAUGGGAAAAACAAAAAGACUUCAGUUUUCUAUAUUUUGGUAACUGGACUGACGAUCACAAAUCUGAUGGGGAAAUGUCUAGUGAGCCCCAUGGUGCUAGCUGCUUAUUCCAAAAAUCAGACCUUGGUGGAAAUGGCGCAUAAUCAAAAUCUAUGCCACUUCUUUGGCUUUUUAAUGACCUUUUUUGGUUUGGCACCGAUGCUUAUUCUUUUGGCUAUGGCUCUGGACUGUUGGCUUGCUCUAGAGUACCCAUUUUUUUAUAGCUCAUAUAUCACUAAAAGAGUUGGUUUGUCGAUCCCACUUAUAGUGAAUAUGUUCAGCACUGCUUUUUGUUGUAUGCCCUUCCUGGGAUUUGGCCAAUAUGAACAAUAUUGCCCUGGGAGCUGGUGCUUCAUACAAAUGACUUCUGAGGAGUCAAACACCAGUGCCUUUGCUUUUUCUAUGCUGUAUGGUACAGUCACUGGCCUACUUGUUGUUGCCAUUGUCACCUGCAAUGUGGCAAUUAUGAAACACCUUUACCGGAUGUACCAAAGCCAAAACCGAAGGUGCUCCGUUUCUUGCAAAAACAAGCAAGACGAGACGAAGCAAGCCGGCAUGGAGGAGAUGGACCAUCUCAUUUUACUGGCAGUCAUGUCAGUUUUAUUUGCUAUCUGUUCUUUACCUUUAACUGUGAGAGUUUACAUUGGAGCGUUUACAGAUGAAAAAAAUGAAUAUGCUGACCUUAUAGUCCUGAGGUUUUUGUCCAUGAAUUCCAUCGUUGACCCUUGGAUCUUCAUAAUUUGUAGAACGUCCAAAUUUCACACCCACAUACACAGACUAUGCAACAGAAUUCAUUUCAAGAGGAGUGGUCAUCUGCCUCUUUCUCAGCACAUAGCCCAGGACAGCACGGAGCGUGGGGUGUAG